GUUUAGUUUCCUGGGAAGGCAAAUGGGCGUUUCCGUCAUGGAAUUGCCUUCUUGCUGCAGGGACGCUGGAAAGCCUGAACCUCGGAUCCCGGAGCAAUUGACGACAGAGUCAUAAAACUGAGCUGCUCGCCGCGAGCCUUCACUAUUUGACCUCUUACUUCUGUUCUACACUGCUUUUGCAUCAGAGUUUGUGCUCUUUUCUUGCUGCUUCAAGCAUCUUCUUGGACAUGCAUGCUAGAGGUCGUCUAUAAUGCGCUUGAUUAUCCGUCUAGUCAGUGCACUCGGCAUUGUUGGUUGCUUAACGCUCCUCUAUUUACACGCUCAAAGGAUCGCCUCGGGUUCUCUACCAAGCUUAGCCUCAUCUCUCUUUGGUGUAUCAGACAAUGGACAGCCAGAGCCAUACGUCUAUCCGCAUAGAGAAACAAUUGGCAUCGAGAAAGUCGACAUCAAACAUGUUGCGGUGCCAUCAGAUGAUCCAAAAGUCUUGAAAGCGGGCUUGACUGCCGAAGAGACAAUUGAGAAGAAGAUCUCUGGUGGUGUUACAGCAGUGCUACAUCCACAAAAAGAGGAGGGUGCUCAAGACACAGUCUAUCAAGAGCUUCGCGUGGCACUCGACGCAGCGGAUCGCCUGGAAAAGGCACCAAUACUGAGCUUUGAAAAGUCGCUACAGCUCAACAAGGAGACAUGCCCGUUACAAGGCUACAACUACGAUCGCGCAAAUCUCAAGGGUAAUUACAAGCAAUGGUCAGCUCUUUCAGACAAGGACAUUGCUACUUUCCGGCAUAAACUGAUCAUGGGAUUGCGAGAAAUUGGCAUCCAGUCUGACAAGAUGCCACAAGCACUUAUUGAAUUGCGCCUGACUGAAUCAGAGCGCAAAGAUAAAUUGCUUGGACGUGGCAUCGUGUUUUCCGCAGGCGAUGGCAAUGCCUUGCGACGUGUGCUGCUGAAUGUCAAGCUGCUACGGGAGCAUGGCUGCACUUUGCCCGUUGAAGUGUUUUCCUGGGCUUGGGAGGCCGAUGCACUACCGGCAGAAGUGAUCGCGGAAUUGACGCAGUUGAACGUUCGGCUCCAAGUUGCCUCUGGUGGUCUUGAAAAGGCUGACGGCUGGAAAGACUUUCGCAUCAAGCCGCUUGCCAUUCUACAAUCAUCCUUUGAACACGUCCUUUGGCUAGAUUCAGAUUCCUUCACUUUGCGCGAUCCAAGCUACCUCUUCGACUCAGCCAUCUUCCGAGACAGUGGGCUCUUACUCUGGCCAGAUUUCACAAAGUCGCAGCCUCGAAAUCCAAUAUGGCGCAUCAUUGGGCAACCAUGCAGACCGGAGCACGAAGGCGAGUCGGGUCAAAUUGUGAUUGACAAGCAUAUGCAUCGUGCUACACUGCAGCUCGCAACGUGGUUCGCAACCACUCAAUCUGAAGACCAGAAACUAUGGUACAGCCAUUUUGGUGGAGAUCGCGACUCAUUCCGCAUCUCAGCUGUGAUUCUAGGCUCACCAUUCAAGGGUCCUCGACGACUCUUGAGUAUUGCUGGACAGCAGGUUCAAUCGCAGCCGCUCGCAAAGACAGCCUUGCCCGAUGAGAAAGAUGAGAAUGGCAAACCAAUUCCUGAAGAUGUUAGAGAAGCCUUCCUGAUUGAAUCACGAGUGCGAGGUUUGCAUGCUGCCGGACACACCAUGCUGCAAUAUGACAUGGACGGUCAAGCGCUGUUUGUUCACGCCAAUCUCAUCAAACAUGGUGCAUUACCUCGAGAUCAGCGGAUCUGGAGUGUGGUUACUCGAUUACGCAAUGAUCGUAUUCCUGGUGGCAGUUAUGGAUCGUUUGCUCAAGAAGCUCCUUCAACAACCACCGAAACCUUUGACGAGACUGUUGCACGAGGCGGAUGGAAAUCCGAUGAAGAACGACAUCAAGAACAAGAAGCCCUUUUUGGUCAGGCAUUUGCAAACAAAAUUGCACCGCCGGAGAAAAGGGACGCGCCCAUGGAUAUUCAAACGACUGAUGUGCAAUUUGGACGCGGUGUCAUUAUUCAUGUUGCGCAGUCUCCUCUCAGUACAAUGAUGCUUGACCUGGCAAAAGUGCUCAACACGGGUGAAGCCGUUCAGGUGGGCACAGAGAAGCCAGAUGGAUCAUCUCCUUUUGUGAUCGAGCCAGUCAAGCCAGGUGAUGACUUGUGGCGAUUUGAGGACCUCUAUCUCAAGCUAGGCGGUACUACUUGA